UUUGCGAGUUUGUUUUGUGUAUUGCUAUUUAUAGAAAUAAAUAGCGAUAGAAAUCAGUUCUAGCGAAGGCGUCAACGUGGCAAGAUCGUGCACCGAAAAUGGAGGAACAUAUACACCUGAUCAGCGAAAUAGUCGAUGAAAAGUUGAAAUCUUCUUUAACUGAACAAAAGAAUGCAAUGCUUCAUGACCUGGAACGCAUUGUAGAAAAGAUAAGUUCAAAAACUAAUGUUACUCAGUUAACUCAAAUUUCGAACAUUGUAUCAGGUAUACCAUCUUUUAAACGAAAAUCAAGUGAAGAGCAAUUUAAGCAUAAUGCGAAAGUAAAUUUGGCAUUAGAGGAAGUAGAAAGUUCGUUGUCGAAUAGAAAUAUUGAAGAAACGCGAAACAAAAUCGCGGAAGUCAAAGCUAUGGUGGCUCACCGACAGAAGAUAAUACGUUUAGCUGACGAAUCAGAGUUGGGGUGGAGGUUCGUAAGCGAAUACGAGUCUAACCCGCUGGCAUCUGACUCCGAAGACGAAAAGAGGAUGUACAGGGCAGAGGCGCGGGCAAACAAGAAGUUAAAAGCGGAAAAAUCGAAAAAAUCACGAGGCGCGCGCAACGGGCCGUACCGGAAGCCGAUGGUUGCACAAAACAAUGCAACCCAGGGGAUGUCGAUGAGACAGCCGUUGAGACGCCCAGGGAUGUGUUUCGCUUGUGGCAAGCCGGGGCAUUGGAAAGGGGCAGCUGAAUGUCCAGCAAGCAGCUCUAACAAUAAGAUAAGUAGUUUUAUGUUUGGGACACCGCUAUCCAUAAAAUGGGUAGUUCCUAUUCCGUCGGAAAAAGGUAUCGUACUUAAACAUGUAAACACAGAAAUUGAUCUAAAGGAUCCUAUUAAAGAGAUUGAUACCGGAAGUUCUCCGGUUAGUAGACUGAAGGCACACGUGGCCAAGUGGCAAGAGGCUACUGAUAGUAAGUAUAUUUUAGAUGUAGUAAGUGGUGGGUACAAGCUUCCAUUUAUAACUGUACCCGAACAUUCUCAGAUGAAAAAUAAUUACUCAGCGAGAGUAAAUUCCGUAUUUGUAGAAAGCGAAAUAAAAGCUUUAUUAGACAAAGGUAUUGUUUCAAGAUGUAACGAGAUUCCACAUAUUGUUAAUCCGCUUACAGUAGCAUUUAAUAAGAAAGGGAAGCCACGAUUAGUUCUAGAUUGUAGGUAUAUUAAUCCACACUUGCACCAGUUCAAAGUAAAAUUUGAAGACAUUAAAGUUGCUGAAACUUUGUUUGAGAAAAAUUCCUUUUUAUUUACUUUCGAUAUUAAAGGAGCAUAUCAUCACAUUGAUAUAUUCACGGAACAUAGAAAAUAUUUAGGUUUUAGCUAUCAAGACAAUAGCAAACAGUGUUAUUAUGUGUUUAACUCGCUUCCAUUCGGCAUAAAAACAGCCGGUCAUAUAUUUACUAAACUGCUUAGAGUUGUAGUAGCAUUACUUAGAUCAAAAGGACUUAAAAUAGUUAUGUUUUUGGAUGAUGGUAUUGGCGGAAAUGUAGUAUAUGAGAGAGCAUUGUGUGCCAGUGAAUUUACGAGAAAUACCCUGGUAGAUUUGGGGUUUUUAUUAGCCGAAGAUAAAUGUAAUUGGAUUCCUUCUCAGAGAGUAGAAUGGCUAGGGCAUGUGCUCGAUAUGCAUACAAAUCGGUUGUUCAUUACUGAAAACAGAGUGGCUAGACUAGAAAAGAGUAUUGAUUCGAUGAUCUAUCAAAUUCAUCAAACGAGAGAAAAAACAGUGCCAGUAAGAUUCGUAGCUAGCAUUGUAGGGCAGAUAAUUUCACUUCAGAGUGUUGUUGGAAAUAAAGUUAGGUUGUUAACAAGACAUUUAUUCAAUUGCAUAAAUACCAGAGCUAGUUGGAGAGCUCCCAUUAUUGUGACAGAGCAAGCUAUUUCCGAACUAACGUUCUGGAAAGAAAACGCUAGGAAAUUAAACAGCAGUGGAAAAUAUUUCAAACACAAUCAAGUGUGUUUGUUUAAUAUAUUUGCUGAUGCAAGUAGCACAGGUUAUGGAGGUUUUAUAGAAAGUUGUAGCUUUCAGGUAGAUAGACAAAAUGAUAUUCAAGUCUACGACUUUCAUGGAAAUAAACGAGAAAAUUUGAGCAAUUUGAUGUAUUCACUUGACGAACAGAGUAAAGGUAUGUACUCACGGUCUCUGAGUCCUGAAGAUGAGACAACAAAUUGUGUUGUAACAUUACGUAAAGACACGUAUCCACCGGAAGUUGGUUUUCAAGAUAAAUCUUUGCAUACGGAUAUAAAAGGUAUGUUAUCGCUCCCGGAAGUGAGCAGAAAGAUUAUGCUAUUGUCCCCAGAAGUGGACAUGGAGCCUAGUAGAUUGCUCCCGGAAGUGAGCAGAGAGCGUAUGCUAUGGUCCCCGGAAGUGGACAUAGAGCCUAGUAGAUUGCUCCCGGAAGUGAGCAGAGAGCGUAUGCUAUGGUCCCCGGAAGUGGACAUAGAGCCUAGUAGAUUGCUCCCGGAAGUGAGCAGAGAGCGUAUGCUAUGGUCCCCGGAAGUGGACAUAGAGCCUAGUAGACUGCUCCCGGAAGUGAGCAGAGAGCGUAUGCUAUGGUCCCCGGAAGUGGACAUAGAGCCUAGUAGAUUGCUCCCGGAAGUGAGCAGAAAUGGUAUGUUAUUAUCCCCGGAAGUGGACACAGAUUCAGUAAGAUGCCUCCCGGAAGUGAGCAAAAAAGGUAUGAUUUGGUCCCCGGAAGUGGACAAAGAUUGCAAUACAUGGCUCCCGCAAAGGAGCCAUAGCGAAUAUGGUAAGCCCGUAGAAGAGGAAGGUAAAGAUAAUAGACGGUUGUCAGAGAUGGUUUGUAGAGUAUAUGGUAAAACCACAGAUGACGAGAUUUAUCCUUUUUGUAUAAAGGUUGAUGAUAAUGCGGUUAAAGAUGUAGAAGUAAUUGGCAUUUGGUCUGAUAUAGAAAAAUCACGCAGCUCCACUUGGCGGGAAGCGGAAGCAGUUAACAGAAUUGUUAAAACUUUUGGAAAUACUUUACAAAAUUCGUACAUAAAAGUGUAUUCAGACAAUAAAAAUGUAAAAUCUAUAUUACUGAAUGGUAGUCGAAAAAUGGAUAUCCAUGACAUAGCUUUAGAUUUAAAUAUGUUUUGUGAUCAAAAUAAGAUAUCAUUAUGUCCGGAAUGGAUUCCAAGAGCAGAUAAUGAAAAGAGCAACUAUUUAAGUCGAUGUUUCGAUUCAGACGACUGGCAGAUAGAUAAAUGUUAUUUUAUAGCAUUAGAUAACAUAUGGGGUAAACAUUCAGUUGACAGAUUUGCAUCGCAUGCAAACAAUAAAUGCAAAAGGUUUAAUUCCCGAUGGUGGGUUCCAGGAACAGAGGCAGUAGAUGCCUUAGUACAAUAUUGGGGAAACGAUGUAAAUUGGUUAGUUCCACCACCUAGGUUGGUUCCGAACUGUAUCGAUAAGAUGAUAUCGGAGAAAGCAAAAUGCACCCUUGUUGUCCCAAAAUGGGUCAGCUCGCCUUAUUGGCCAAUGCUUAUUUCGUCAGACGGCAUAUUUAGAUAUUUUGUAAAAGAUUGUAACAUUAUUGGAAGAGAUUGUACGAUUCCUGGGAAGGGAAAUAACGGUUGUUUUGGCGAAACUAGAUUAUCAUUUGAUAUGAUAGCAUACCAUAAUUCAUGUAUUGAUGCAUAUAUCACAUAUGUUUGA